AACACGUGGUGAACUCCAAAACCCUAAAUUACGCUCACUCUCAAGUCUCAACUGUUUAACUCCUAACCCCUCCCAAAACCCUACUCCUCUUCCAACUUUACACUCUUUCCUCUUUCUUUCAUCAAUCAACUCAAGGAAGAAGAAGAUGCCGUUGGGUGACAGAGAUGGGGACAAAGAAUCCCGUUAUUGCGGAGUUGAAACUGAGUUCAGCAAUAACAUGCCUCAAUUGCUCGAUUUCAACAUUAAGGCUGGAUUUGACUUCGUUCUUGCUACUUUGGUUGAUCCUGAGUAUCGGCCAAGCCUAGAAAGUAUUAAUGGUAAGAGUUCCAGUGCCCUGCCAGUUGCUGGGUCAGACUUGGUUUUGAGCCCUGCUCAGUGGAGUAGUCAUGUUGUUGGUAAGAUCAGCUCAUGGAUUGACUUGGAUUCUGAUGAUGAAACACUAAGGAGAGAUUCUGAGAUCUGUCUCAACCAAGAACUAGCUUGGGCUUCUCAUCUCUCGCUACAGGCGUGCCUUCUUCCAGCUCCAAAGGGUCUAUCAAUUGCCAACUAUGCAAGAUGUGUAAAUCAGAUUGUACAAAGCUCAAACAACAUGCAGUUGUGGCUAAGGAUCCCUUUAAGAAAGCAUGAGGAUGGUGACCUUAUGGAUGAUCAACCAUUGGGUGGAGAUCCUAUUGAUUCUUGGGAGACUUGGAAUUCAUUUCGUCAGCUAUGUGAGCACAGCAGCCAACUCUCUGUUGCACUUGAUGUCCUGGGUUCACUUCCUUCUACAAAUUCUUUGGGGCGCUGGCUUGGCGAGCCAGUACGAGCAGCAAUUAUUUUCACCAAUUCUUUUCUUACAAAUGCUCGUGGACAUCCUUGCUUAUCAAAGCGCCAUCAGAAGCUUCUCACUCUAUUCUUUAACCACUCAGUACAGGUAGUUAUUUCUGGAGGAUCAGCACAUUCUGUUCCUGUAAUAGCAUUGGAAUCAGCUACUAAUAAUGCUUCCAAUCACGUUGAUAGUGAUUUAGGGCAUCCUCUGAGAUCAUACUUGUACUAUAUUGGUUAUAUUUACCAAAAGAUGGAUCCGCUCCCUGAACAAGAGCUGUAUGAGCUUAGUUACAGAGACUUUUUGCAGAGUCCUUUGCAGCCUCUCAUGGAUAACUUGGAGGCACAAACAUACGAGACUUUUGAGAAGGAUACAGUUAAAUACCUUCAAUACCAAAGAGCGGUCAGUAAAGCUUUGCUGGAUAGGAUUCCUGAUGAAAAGGCAUCAAGUGUAACCACUGUCUUGAUGGUUGUUGGAGCUGGACGUGGGCCUCUUGUAAGAUCAUCUUUAGAGGCAGCUAAAGAAACAGGCAGGAAGUUAAAAGUUUAUGCUGUGGAGAAAAAUCCUAAUGCCGUAAUUACUCUUCAUAGCUUGAUCAAACUUGAAGGAUGGGAGAAUAUUGUUACCAUAGUAUCUAGUGACAUGCGUCAUUGGGAUGCCCCCGAAAAAGCUGACAUUUUGGUUAGUGAGCUGUUGGGGUCAUUUGGUGAUAAUGAACUUUCUCCUGAGUGUCUUGAUGGGGCUCAAAGAUUUUUGAAGCCAGAUGGCAUAUCUAUUCCAUCAUCGUACACGAGCUUUUUUCAACCCAUUACAAGCACGAAAUUGUAUAAUGAUGUUAAAGCACAUAGAGAUCUAGCGCACUUUGAAACUCCCUAUGUCGUAAAACUACACAAAGUAGCAAGGCUCACUCCGUGUCAGCCAGUCUUUACUUUUGUCCAUCCCGAUUGUUCUCCCAACAAAGACAAUCAACGAUAUACGAGGCUUAAGUUUGAAAUACCUUGUGAUACUGGGUCAACAUUGGUGCAUGGGUUUGCCGGGUACUCUUUGUAUUACACAUUUAUUGAACCAACAAUGCCAACACCGAACAUGUUCAGCUGGUUUCCUAUCUUCUUCCCAUUAAGGACGCCAGUGUGUGUGCGUCCAGGCAUCCCUCUAGAAGUCCAUAUCUGGCGAUGUUCUGCUUCUACAAAGGUUUGGUAUGAAUGGUGUGUUGCAUCGCCUUCUUCUACACCCAUUCAUAAUAGCAAAGGUCGUUCAUACUGGGUCGGCCUUUAAAUUGUCAAUGUACAUCUAACCUUCAGAAAGGCAUGUCAAUACCGGAGUUAUCGCCUUCAGGAGUGAACGUUGAUAACAGAUACUAUCUGAGCUAGAAGGCUGUGACUCGAAGCUUACCCAAGUCUUCCAUGGUGUAAGACCUAGUAGGUAAGCUUCAAGUGUUUGGCUUCAUUUAUACUGGAAGAAGCGAUCAUCUAAUCUAUCUGCAGUGAAAGAGAAGUAGAAAGGUUGAGAACUUUCGUCCCAUGUUUCUCAUCUGAGCAGGACACCUCUUAUUGCUGAAUACCAUUAGGAUCCUUUUGUUGGAUUUUCAUGAGCAGAGGAAGCUGUGGUUAUCAUAGUAUUGCUUGGGACUUUUUUGAGUUCUUGUAGUAUAUUAUUCUUCUAUGAUAGCGUAUGAAACGAUUAUAUAUCUUUCUAAAUCCUUUUAAGCAGCAUUUCAUCCCCUUUUUUUGCUGUUGCAAGAUUUCAUCUCAUUUCAAGGUACAAUAGUGUAAAGCAAUUUGGGCCAUCUCUGUUAAUUUCUUUAAAUUUGCAUAAUUAUAAUUGAUCAUGUUAUGUAAUAGUAGACAUUAUCUCUAUCAAAUCUCCUUUUAAAUUUU